AUGUGCGACAAUCUUUCAUUGUAUAAAACAUAUAUUCCACCAUCAACAUCACUUUCAUCAAUACAAUCGACAACAAUGUCUCCACAGUUUUAUUCUGUGAAUAAUGAUGACGAACAACAUCGUACAUACACGAGCAUCAAACGUAAAUAUUUAGAUUAUGAAGAUAAUAAUCCAUCAUUAACAACUCUUGAGCAUGUUUCAACAAUGUAUGACUGUAAUAAUAGUGAUGAAGAUGAUGAAGAAGAAGAAGAUGGCGACGAUGAUGAUGAUAAUGACGAUGAUGAUGAUGAAGAAGGUAGUUCUGGUGAUGAUGGAGCCAUAAGUGAUGAUGAAUCAAAUAAUAUAGAUUCAAUAACACGUGUAACAACACCUUGUACGAUAACACAACGACGUCAUAGUGAUACAAAUCAUACAUCAUCAUCAUCAUUAUCUUAUGGUACACCAAUAGUUAAACGUCGAUGCACAUAUUCAUCCAUGCAUGAUGAUGAACAAAAACGUUCUGUUCUUGUUGAAUCAUAUAGAAAAUUACGUGGUGUUAAAAAACCUAAACUUCAAGUUAGUUUACUAAUAUGUAAUUUAAUAAAACGACUAGAAAAAACUUUUACAAAAACACCACCUUCAUCAAGACAACAACCACAACAGCAACAGCAGCAGCAACAACAACAACUACAGUAUUAUCAACCGAGAACAACAUAUCGUUCAUCAUCAUCAGAUAGUAUUUAUAUGUCAACGUCAUUACCGUCAUCGUUAGGAAAUGACGAAAUUGAGACAACACCAAUAAAUCAACAGUAUUCUCCACCACACACGUCAAAUUAUGAUUCAGAUAAUGUAUUAUUACCUGUUGGUGAUUUGAGAUCAUCAUCAUCUUCAAUGUAUCAUCCAUCGUCAACAGAUGCAUAUUGGCUUGCUCAAUCAAACUUUGCUAUACCUGUUGUAUCAACAUCAGAUGAUGAUGUUGAUGUAUCGUUGCAAGGUGGUGGUGAUUAUCUUGACUUAAGUGACAAUACUCUUGCGUCUUCCUUUUCAUCUUGUUCUUCAUCAUCUCCUUCUGUAUCUUCAUCUUUAUCAUCUUCAUCUGAAUUAUUAUUAUCACCACCACCACCACCACCACCACCAUCAUCAUCAUCGUCAUCAUCGUCAUCAUCGUCAUCAUCUAUAUCAAAUGAUUGUUGUUGUUCUUCAACAUCAUCUCCGGCAAUAACAAAACUUCUCGUUGAUACCAAUAAUAAUCAUAAUAAUAAUAAUGAUGAUUAUUAUGUUUAUCAUCAUCAUCAUCAACAGCAACAGCAACAACAACAACAGCAUCAUCAGCAACCUCACCGUCACCAUGCUCAAAUUCAUUCAAAUCAAGAUUUACAUUCUCAUCAUCAUUCAUCGAUAUCAGAACAAGCAUUUUUUUAUCAUCAUAGUGGAAAUAAUACCGUUGAUAUUAUAACAACAGCGUGA